CUCAAAUUAAACAUUGUCUGCCUCCUGAAUCCAGAAUAGCGACGCAAAAUCUGACUGCAAAAGCUUUCGCUGAGGUUCGCCGUCAGAUGAGAGAGCUUUGCCAAUAAUCACGUGUGCUGUACCACCACUUUGUUUCUGCAGCCAUGAUCACCAACGUACUUGUCUCCUCUUUUGCUCCUUUCGGCACUUUGACCCUUGCGGCGCCCUCAGUUACCCAAAUAUCUGACGUCCUUUCUCUUCUCACCGAGAAAUAUCCUCUUCUUCCUUCAUCUGGUCUUAUUCUCUCUACUCACUCCGGAAUCACUCCCGAAGAUUCUUCACUCGCCUCAUUGUGCGAAAAUGGCCCAAACCUGAUCUCUCUUCGCCUUUCUCCUCGAGUCCUUGGUGGAAAGGGAGGUUUUGGUUCCCAGCUUCGUGCUGCGGGUGGACGGAUGAGUAGCCAAAAGACGAAUAACAAUGAUUCCUGUCGGGACCUCAGUGGGAGGAGGUUAAGUACACUGAAAGAAGCGAAGAAGCUUGCCGAAUACCUCGAAUCAGAGCCUGAACGCCUAGCUGCGAAAGCUGAAGCUCAGAAGGCGAAACUCGAGGCCUUGGAGCGAAGACUUGGUAUAGAUAGCCCCUCUACAGGCGCGGGACCUUCCAGAACUGGGUCCUCAUCCACGGAGCAACCUGCGAAACUGGCUGGCAAGAAGCAUCGUUUCGAUGAUACUGAGUACUUAGAGCAAAGUCGGGAGCUCGUUGACAAUGUGAAGAGUGCUGUUUCUGCAGCUUUGCUGAAGAAGAAGAAAAAGGCAAAGUUGUCGCCAACCGACGCACAGUCUUCAAAGGCUCAAGCUCCAUCCAAGAUGCCGACCCCUGUAGCUGUACCCGCUGCUCCAACAGAGGCCGUAGGUGCCUGAGUAUGGUUGGACAACAUUGUACAUCUACAUAUUCUGUAAUUGAGGUUUAUACUUUUAUCAGUGUAACAAUUUUUCUUGUAUCCACUUGGUUAGACAUCAUUCGCGACACAAGUGCCCGAUAUCAAUAUUUCCCAUUGACCAUCACGUGGGAUUCUAGUUACUUCCUUAUCUUCCACCGUCCUACAAAGUCUUGGAAUGCAAGUAGACCUAUCAAGCAAUUCGGAAAGGACACCUCUUAUUCAAGAUAUUAGCAGUAACUACAAUGGAGCUUUGAACAACCCGGCGGGUAUACCUGGAAAGGUUCCACAUACUAAUGAUGAAGAUUCAACGACGUUCACGACGAAUGAUGGGGAAUCUUUCGACAAUGUUCCUCGAACAAAACGACAAUUAGGAUUGUUCAGCGCUAUAUUUCUUAUUUUCAA